AGAUGGCCUCGCGCGCUCCGGAGGCGCCGCUGCUCGGUGUGAGUGACGGAGAGAUCGACCCCAGGAGGCACCGGAGCUCCUAUCUGACCAACAAGGUCGGGGGUCGGCCCGACUGGCCGCCGGCCGUCUCCCCACGGCGCCCCCGGUGCGGCCGCUGCGGCGCUCCCUUAGCCCACGUGGUGCAGGUGUACUGCCCCUUGGACGCGUCCCCGUACCACAGGAAUCUCCACCUGUUCGCGUGCUCGGGUGCGGAGUGCAGCGGCCGCUCAGAGUGCUGGACGGUGCUCCGGUCUCAGUGUCUGGAGGCGGAGGCGGCGCGGACAUCCGGGCGGCCUGCCCCGGCUCGAGGGGCUGCUCCCCGGGCCACAGACUGGUGCGACGCCGCUGAUGACUGGGGGAUGGAGGGGGAGGAGGAUGGGUGGGGAGGAGAUGCGAAGGACGAAACACAGGCGGAGGAGAAGACAGCAGCUCCAGAGGGAACAGCAGACAUCAGCAGCCACCUCCAGGAUCUCAGUCUGGAGGAAUUACAGGAGGAUGUCGCUGCCUUCCGUCCUUUCUUCAUCAGCGUGGUGGAGGAGGCGGACCUGUGUGGAGAGGACCACGACGACCUGGAGCACGCUCAGGAGCUGCUGAGGGAGUACGAGCGGCGAGAGGGGGUGGCGGUGGGAGAGAUGGAGGGGAGCGGAGGAGGCGGGGAGGAGAAGUACGAGAAGACCAGAGCCAGACACGGAGACGCCAUCUUCUCCAGGUUCAUGAAGACGAUCUCGGCGUGUCCGCAGCAGAUCCUGCGCUACUGCCGCGGCGGGAAGCCGCUCUUCAUCUCCGAGCCGCCGUCCAACAUGGCGCAGCUGGUGCCGGCAUGCAGCUCCUGCGGAGAGUCCCGCACGUUCGAGCUGCAGCUGAUGCCCGCUCUGGUGAGCCUGCUGCAGUGGGAGGGCGGCAGCACAGGGGUGGAGCUGGAGUUUGGGACGGUGCUGGUUUACACCUGCACGAGCAGCUGCUGGACAUCUGGGUCGGCCUUGGCUGUGGAGGAGUUCUGCUUCAUUCAGACUGACCCGGACCAGCAGCUCUUUAAGUGACUAAUGUGACCCUCAGAACGGGAUUAUCGGAUUAUUUAUGUGUCAUGAUGUCUAAAAUCUGAGGCGAAUGUACGUUUAACAAGACCAACCAGCAGCUUUUGCUUCUCCUGUAGCUUAAAAAUCUCCAAUUAUAGAAAAGUGCCAUUCUGACCUCAUCAGGUGCCUUAAACUUCCAGCAUGGUGCCACCUUAAUCAUCGGCAGACCUAAAUAAUGGAGAGAAACAUGAGCUGGACUUGAUGUUGAGCUCAGUGUUGAUGAUGCAGCUUCAAAGACAUCACAGGGUCAGACUCGCUCUACAUGAACAUUUGUAGUGAGUGAACCCGAGUAUGAGAAGCCAUUAAACGCUCCACUGCAGCCGUUUGUGCUCGCCAGCUUUUCUGAUCUUCUGCUGUCCGUCUUUCCUGUGUAACGUCAUAACCACACACACACACACACACACACGACCGUGGCAGCAGCAUUUAAUAAUUCACCCUGCAGGGAGUCAUUACCAACCAUGACCUCUGACCUCCCUGUAAGGACAUGCUGCUGCUGCAGGUUGUUUAAUGACUCAUGCAGACACACCAGAGGUUUUCCUUUAGUUUUUACUUCAACCUUUAACAUAUUUCUAAAUGUCGCGUCACACCACAACAGUUCAGGUCGGAAAGCAUGAAUAUCAAACUGGGUGAAGGAAAUGUAAA